UACGAUUCGAAAGAGGAUGUUCUGCGUAUGAUCAAUUUUAAAUCGAGGCAAGCUGCUGACAAAUAAGUUGAUAUUACAGAAGUUUCAACAGCCUGUUUUAAAAUCAGUAUUUCGCAUUAUUUAUGGUCGAUAUAAAGAUUGUAUUCGCAGAUACAACCUGAUGUUAAAGAGACACUACAGCUCAUUUUGCGCAAAAAUCAUAUAAUGACAAUUUUACCACAACUUUUUAUAAUUUUGUUGCAUAGUUGAAAGUAUAAACUUUGCGAAAAUAGUACAUUCAUAAAGUUAGAAAUUCUCGUUUUAUGACUAAAAUUAAUACUUUUUGAUGGCCUAUACAAUAAAAACAAAGAAAUACCGACAGACUCCGCCUUGGUAUUCAGACGCAUGCGCAUAGAAUGUAAACAUAUCAGAAUGGCGUCUAUCGAGAGAAAACGUGCGUUGGGAAGACCCCGAAUUUUAACGGACUCUGCUAGGAAAAGGGCGAAAAGAGAGCAAAGUAUAAUUCACACACGAAGUAGGGUUUACCUGGGGGACCAAUAUGACCGUUGGUUAAGAAAGAAAGAGGAACUUGGCGAAACACACGCAGGACUAGCGAAGAGGCUGCUCAACAAGUUUAUGACAGAUAGUGAAACCGAGUCAGCUGAUCAAUCAUUGAAAGAGAGAUUCUCUACUCCUAUAACAGACAAGAGUAAAACUCAGUUUGUUCGUCCUCCAGAUGUGUCUGAAAUCUCCUCUGCUUUAAGCCCAAGCCAAAAACGGAGAAAACUAUUCAGAGAGGUGGUGAAAGAGACAUCAUAUGUAAAUCCAUUUGAUGUAACGAUAGAUAUCUCUGAGGAAAGCUCAAGUGACAUUGAUUCAGAUGAAGAGUAUGAACCAAGUGUCAAUGUUACCAUCAGACCAAAAAACAUGUGCGAUGUGGAAGAAAUAACACUUGAGGAACAAGAGUUUGGAAAGGAGAAAACAGAAGGUGAUGGCGAAUCAGAAAUUCUAGAGAAGGCAGAGGACACAGGUCCAGGGAUUAUUAAAAUUCUGUGUGAAGAUGAUGUCCAUUUGUUGACGGAGGAUGAAACAUGCCUGAAUCACUUGGCCAAAACCAUCCUUGGGUGA